UCACCUUCCUCCGACCAAAUGGUCGGUUCCACGCUAAUUUAUAAUUAAUCAUAAAUUCAUUGGACCAUCAACUACUAAUUUUUUUAGGUUUUGAAAACAUUGGCCAAUACCAAUAUCCGAAAUGUUCCUUUGGCAGCUUCCUGAAAUACGACGCCAUUUCAAGAAAUAGUAUUUGCCAGCACACCAGAAGCAAAAUAGCGACAAAAAAAAAAAAAAAGAAAAGGUUGGAGAAACCCUAGUUAAUCCUCCACCUCCACCCGAGCGAGAGCCAUCAGGUCGGCAAGUCAGUCUCUCCUCCUAACCCUAAUUUCAAAAGGAACAGAAUCUCUGGUUUUCCCCCUUUCCCAAGAAAUCAUUCCCCGCACCCAAAUGAAUCCCAGUCCCAAUUCCAAUCCCAAUCCGAAACCCUACCCAACUGCGCCACACGCAGCCCGCACUCAAUCAUCCUCCUCGGGCGACUGCGACAACUGCGCCACACGCAGCCCUUGGCUCCUCCACCAUGUCCGCCUCCGCCGCAUGCUCCGCCGUCUCUGCACCUCCUGCGUCCUCCGCCUCCACCCCUCCUCCUUCUGCCCAAUCUGCUUCUCAAUCCACGGAGUGAAACAGCCAGAUCGGGAACCAGGGGAGCUCCUCCGGUGCUCCAACUGCGCCUCUCUCACCCACUCCCGCUGCGCUCCUUCCCACCCUCUCCCGCCGUUCCCUUUCCUCUGCCCUCCCUGCUCCGACCCCACCUUUUCCUUCUUCUCCCCUCCCCCUGGGCCCCGCGUCUCCAUCGACGCCAAGAUGGCUACGGCUCUGCUCUGCGCCGCCAAGAUCGCCGCAUCGUCGAUGGCUGAGGCGGUCAGGGCGGCGGAGGAGGAGGCCGGCCGGAGGGCUAAAGAAGCGGCCGUGUGUAGGAAGAGGGUGAAGGAGGCGCUGGAUAAAGUCUCGGCCGUCGCCGCAGCGGCAAAGAAGAAAACGGUGCCACCGCCGGAAUCCGGGAAGCCAAAGAGUACUGCCUGAAAGUAAUCAUCUUUGUUUAGCGAGAAUCGGGCGAAAGAGUAGAUGGAAGGGCGCGGUGGCAGUGGGAAAUACGGGGAAUUUUGUCAAGUGCGUGGGCAAUGGUUUGUGCGUAUUGGACUAGGAUUCUGUAUCUCUUCACUUGUUGAUUGGUUAAUCAAAAUAUUUUGGUCUCUGAAUGGGUUUGUCAUUAGCAGUAGUGUGUAUUUGAUCGGAAGAAAUUAGAGUAUUGCUUUGCUGCAGUUUAGCUCUGCUGGCCUUUCUGUUUGUGUCCAGGGAAACUUGAUUUGAUCUGGAAACUCCACUGACCAGAAAGAAAAGAUUGGUUUUUAUUUUUAUCAACCAGAGAGUGUUUGGACGGACGUAAUAAUUGUAAGAUCACCAU